AUGGUCGUGCGCAUGCUGCACAUUAUCGGCUUCUUCUUGCUUUUGGGGGCCUAUGCGGCCUAUGCGGAGCCAGUGAUGCGAAGGAACCCCGCGACUGAGCCGAAGCGCCAACCCCUCAUGCGCUCGCACAAGGACACAAGAGACACCAAGGUGCAAAGUAUGCGGCCGGCCUACCGGGGUUACCGUGCCCGUCACCCCAUCUUCACAUCCUUCGAGGAGGAGCAGGAGCUUCAGGAGCUUCAAGAGCUUCAGGAGCUUCAGGAGCUGGAUUUGGAGUGUGGGCUGGCCCCUUGGAGUACAUGGAGCAUCUGCACGCAGUGUGGAGGUCAGAGAAUUCGAACUCGGGAUGCUUUCGGAGUCGAAGCAUCCACAUUCUCUGGAGGUCAAGGUCUGCGAUGGUCCGGCGAGCUGCUUGUGAGGCGCUCGGGGCGCUACGUCUUCGUCCCCAACUUCCCCAAUUUCCCCAACGUGAACCAGGCGGUGAACCAGGCGGACCCGCAAGACCUUAGCCACGACGUCAACGACGGGAUCCACUUCACUUUGCAGGUCGGGGCAGGCUUGCGUGUCCUCACACGUAUGAACGCCGUGAACGUCGUGAACAGCUCGAAGUGGGUCCGCUGGCUGGCAAAAGGAACUCACUCGCUGGUGGUCGAGGCCAUGUACAGCGGGACGAGCGAAGGGAUUCCCUUGAAGUACCGGGGACCAGACACACACGACGAGCUCAUGGCUGUUCCCAAGACGGCGCUUCGCCAUGGCAUCGCCGCGCUUGGCGAGCAUUGCCAAAAGCGUGCGGUGGAGUCCCAGCCCUGCAGUGCAGUUGGAAAAUCCCGUGGAGGAAAAUCCCGUGACACAAACGUGUGCCGCGUGGACUGCCGAUGGGGGGACUGGGCGGAGUGGUCCAAGUGCGACAGCUGCGGCGGUAAGGAGAUUCGGAGCCGCGCCGUCGCAGCGCGCGCCUCCCAGUCCGGCACGGCCUGCGAGGGCACAAACUCGGAGCAGCGGAGCUGCAAGAACUGCGGGUUUUGGUGA